AUGACGGUCAUACUCGAUCUGCCCGUGGAGGUGCUCCGCUUGAUCUUCCCUUAUCUAGAACCCGCCGAUUACCUGAAUUUCCUUGCGACAUGCUCUUCGCUUCAUCAGUCCACCUUCCUAUACGAUAGUGUAUACUGGUCUGGACAGACGCGUCACGACUUCCGUGUUCCCAAUCAACCCGUAGCGGCAGCCGAUGGAGUCCGCUGGUUCAAAUUGUACAAAAGAAUGUUGAAGGAAACCUCAGUAUACUCCUGGGGAAACAAUGAGAAGGGAUGCCUUGGACACUCGUUUCGCGCCGGUGGAGCCCGAAUGCACAAUCCGCGUUUGCAGUUUCGAAACCCACACUUCGGCAGACAUUCAGAUCACAUCGCUUGGCCCGGGAAGAUGGAGAAUACGGAGUCUCUUGGCAUUAUAUCUGAUCUACAAUGCGGCGGCUGGUCUACUACAACGUUGAACAAUAAAGGGGUGCUCUAUUCUGUAGGACAGAUGGAUGGCAGCCGAUAUCCUCAAAACCCUUGUCUUGAACCUACCGCGUUGGGAUUUCCUGCGAAUGUGAAGCCUCAUCACAAAAUGAUCAAACAAAUGUCUGCUGGGCGCUCACAUGUCCUCGGGUUAUCUGAUUCUGGACGCAUUUAUAGUUGGCAUGACAUCAGAGAACCAGGACUGUAUGUCAGAUUCGUCGCUCAUACCCUGGUCGAAGACGGGUCGCGGUCAGAGGGUACAGUCCGAAAAGUUGUUGCUGGAUGGAGUCUCAGCGCUGCACUACUAGAAGGGAUUGGUAUUGUCGUCUGGACCCCCGACGCGGUCAGAGAUGGCGCCCGAGCCGAGGCAGUACUGAUUAUGGAAAGCGAGGUUAUCGAGUACAGUAACUAUAAUCGCCGCCUCACUCAGCCCAGCGAUCAAAGUCGACUUCUCGCUGAGACGGUAGGUGAAGUAUUGGAUUUCGUCCUACUUGAUCAUUUUGUCCUAUUCUCCACAGAUCUCGGCAAGCUUUAUGCUGCACGAGUCGACUGGGGAAAUACAGAGCGGAGGAUAAGCUCCUCUGUUGAGAUUCAGAUCCCCAUACCCACAUCGUCUCUGAGCAACGAUGCGAACUCGUCGUUCGUAACGUCAGUUCAAGGCUCAUUUCGCAAUUUCGCAGUCUUUACUCGCUCUGGUCAAGUUCUCACCAGCGACCAAGACCGUAUCAUGCAUCUUGUAGAUGGUGUAUUUCCCGGGGCAACACGCGUUUUUGAUCGAAUCCCGGCGUUACAAGACAGCGGUGUCAUCAGCGUCGCUUUUGGAGACUACCAUUUUCAGGCCCUUCACUCUUCCGGGAAGAUUACAAGCUACGGAAAAGAACCACAGAUGUGCGGCGCUCUUGGGCUUGGUGGGAACGGCAACCCGGAAAGUAGACUACGCGGAAUGCGCAACGACCGUAACAACCCUCAGGAUGGCGUCCUGGUCAAACACGCCUACACAACCGGAAGACAAGUCUGGUUCGAACCAGAGAAGCGCGAUUGGAUCAGAUGGAUUACCGCUGGAGGAGCAGACCCAGGCGAAUCCGCAGAGAGAGUACGAAUGGCCCUGGGAUCAGCUGAUACGACAUGUCAAGGUGAAGUGAGCGAGUGGAUCGAGCAGCAAGGCCGUGAUUGGGACCGGUUUGCAGCACCUUCCAAGGACGAUGAUGGAUUGUGCGCAUAUUUUGCUCUCAGCAUAGCGGCAGCUGGAUGGCAUUCAGCAGCUCUGAUCUUGAAGAAUGACGAUCUAGCUUCCCGAGGCGUGCCUUAUGUUUGGAAGGACCAUAAUUUCCCUCGACUUCGACUUCAAAGUGGAGAAGAGAUGCCGGGCGAAGUUACGUUUGAUGAGUGGCUACAUGGUCGUCCGGAGUUCAAGCUCCACGAAGAUGAGUGGAUAUAA